AUGGCGGGAACAUCUCAGACGUGGGGCGUGCAGGGAGCCACCUUACUUCUCGGCAUUGAAACGGCUGCGUGGGGCCAACAAUGUGAGGACGGAGGUGGGCAGCAACGAAGCGCUUCCAACCACAACUCGGGUGGGACUGCACAGCCAUGUCUACCCCUGCCCAAUUCCAGCACGUUUCUCCACCACGGUCGAAGAUAUAAGGUCUCUUCCAAAUGCGACUCUCUACCGCUCUUGCCCAUCUUCACCGCCUGCUCAACUUCGAUCAUGCAGUUCACUCGUCUCACUCUCUUCGUCCUUGCCGUCGUGGCGGGCCAAGUUGCCAGCAAGAGCAUCAACCGGCCGGACGACCCGACUCAAUUCCUCAAGACGGACGACAACAUGGUCGGCGCCUACUGCGAGCACAAGGGUACUGUUCCUGCUGGCGACUAUGCCUGCUUCCGUCUUAAUGGCGAUAUCCGCCAGCGUAUGCAGUCCGCCGACGACUCCACCAAGGGCUUUGUCAACACCGCCGGAAACAUGUUUGUGGUGUUGUUGGACCCCGCCACCAAGGUGAUCGAGUUCCACACGGACAGAACGGGCGUGUGGAUCUCCCAUCCCGAUGGCAAUCCGUGCGUGGUGGUUACUACGCUCAAUGACGCCGACUGGAACGGCAACCAGGAUGGUGGUGACGACGGAUCGGUCGAUCACAACGCCUGCACCACCGAUCCUGCCAUCUGGCUCGCUGAUUGA